UUUCUUUCUUCCUCUUAUCUCUGGGGGCCUUACACAGGUCACAGGUUCCAAUCCCACAAUUUUCUACUGUAAUAAGCUUCGAGAAAACUCUUCAUUUUUAUCCAUUUAUUAAGAGUUUUUCAGCCAAAGAAAGGAAAAAACAAACCAGAAAGUCAUUACAGCAAUAGCUGAAACCCUGAGAUAUCAUAGUUGCCAAGGGUUUAUCCUUUUUUUGGGGCAAAAUAACGUAGAAAGAAGAAGACCUUUAAUUUGCUUCUGGGCAUUAGGAAGGCCUUUUUUUGGGUGGAGUUUGAAGAUGUCUCACGCAGUUGUCUCUUUGCCAUCACCCCAAUUAUCUUUGUCUUUGUCUGUACAGAAAUCUCAACAGGUAAAACUAAAGUCGGCAUUUGUUUCGGCUUGUAGAGGUAAUAAGUGCAAUUCGCCGGUGCUUAAAUUUAAUCGAGUGUCCAACAGGCAGCCUGUUUAUAAAUUUGUAAUUCCUGCAAAGAGGGUUCGGCUAAAUGCUAUCAGAGGGUUUAUUUGCGAUGAGAAAUCGGGAGUUUCACAGGAGGAGAGUUUAAGCGGGUUUUCUGUAGCCAUGGAGAUUAUGAUGAGGAAGAUGCCUAAAGGCGGCACAGGUGUCUUAAUGAAGAAGGAGAAGUUCAAGCUCGUUAUAGAAAAACCGGUGAAACAGAUCAGCCCUAAGUUAGCAGAUAGUGGAGGAGGUGGUGACAUUGGAAAGAAGAAUAGUCAUGGUGGUGGUGAUGGGGGUGAUGAUGGGGGUGAUGAUGAUGACUACUUUGGUGACUUUGAUGAAGGGGAUGAAGGAGAUGAAGGCGGCUGGUUUAGGAGAAGGACUGUUUUCCAAGAGGUUUUUGAUAGAACAAUUAUUGAGGCUGUCUUGCGGGAGUGGCAUAGGACCAUGAGUGAUCUACCUGCUGGACUUCUUCAAGCUUGUGAAAUGGGAUUAGUAAGCACAGCUCAGGUGGUUAGGUAUUUGUCAAUAAAUGCAAGACCAACUGUAUCAAGGUUUAUCUCACGAGCAACACCCCAGACAAUUUCAAGGGCAUUCGUAGGACGGAUGAUUGCAGAUCCAGCUUUUCUCCCUAAAAUGUUAUUGGAGCAAGUCACGACUAUUUGCUCUACUACUUGGUGGGAAUUGAGACAUCGAAAAGAAAGGAUAAAACACGAAUGGGACUUGGCCCUGAUAAAUGUGCUGACAGCCUCAGUAUGUAAUGCAGCUAUAGUUUGGACCCUUGCUCCAUGCCGAUCAUAUGGAACUACUUUUCGAUUUAAUCUACAGAACACUUUGCAGAAGCUUCCUAAUAAUAUCUUUGAAAGAAACUAUCCUCUUCGGGAAUUUGAUUUGCAGAAAAGGAUACAUUGUUUCUUUUAUAAGGCUGCAGAGUUAUGCAUGGUCGGCAUGGCUGCUGGAGCUGCUAAUGGUGCCCUGUCAAAUCUGUGUGCUUCACAAAAGGAGGGGAGAACAUCGGUUCUCAUACCAUCUGUUAGCACGAGUUCUCUUGGUUAUGGAGCUUUUUUGGGAUUAUCUGGGAACUUGAGAUACCAAUUACUGAAUGGGAUGGAGCGAGUGAUUCAUGACCGAUUUGAUGUUAUUGGAGCAGUAAUAUGUUUUAGCAGUGCUUUGAGGAUGCUUAAUAUACAACUUGGAGAUGUUACCCGCCUUGUUUGGUUAGGUCUUGAUGUAGAUCCUCUGUUUGAGGCAGGAUACACAUCAAAAGACUACAAUAGACCAACUCAGAAGGCUUUAUCUAAUUGGUUUAUUGCACAGAAAAAUAUACUCUCUGGCCUUUUUGGAGGUAAACAAGAGAGUAUGGAAAAUGUUCAAGAUACAAGCACACCUUCUAGAGUACCCAGGAGAAGAAUUGUAAAAAGGAAAGUCACAGCCAGAUCCUGAGAUGGUUUCAGAGAAUUCUUGGUGAUUUGUCCUUCGGGUAAUUCAUUUAAAUCAUCUUCAGAGCAUUGUAACCUCUGUUCUUUUUGCCGAGUAUAAACAUUUUUGAUAUUUCAGAUAAAUAUAUUGAAUGAAAUUAUACACUUGACCAAUUGAUUUUUGAACACAAAUUUGUAGGCAUUCAGCCUGACUUAAUGAAGCCCUUGGAAUGGAGUGUAUUUGCAAGGAUUCUUUUACAUACAGGAAAAAGUUUUAGCUGUUUUCAUGGAGAAGAAUCCAUAUUGCUUGACAGGGAAGCAAAGCUGUGCCUCUUGAGCAUGUUGCAAACUAAUAACAAAUCUGUUGUAUGUCUCUCUGUCAUGUAUCAGUAUAAUGGGAGAUGUGGUUGGCUUAAAUUGCAUUAUCAUUGAUUUAUAUGUGAUUUAAUGUUUUAAUAUACUUUUGGUUUCAAAA